AUGAGAUAAUCAAGUUCCAAAACUCUUACCUUAAGCUCUAUGUAGAACCAAAGAUUUUACUUUAACUAAAAAUUAAAGACACCGAAUAAGGAAUUUCUGAAAAGCAAUCGAAGUUAACUUACACUUUCAGAUUUCUAAGACAGUAAGUCCAGAGCGAAUACAUUGUUUGAAAAAAUAAAAGCGUAAAAUACACAUAUACACAAAUCAGAAAGCAACCUUUUUUUUAAAGUUGAAGAAGCGAUAUUAGAAUUGUAUAAUUAAUAUGAGCAAAAUUAUUAAGGACUUGGAUCACUUGACAGAAUUAAGACAGUUUAAGAAAAUUUGUCAGUGGAAUUCAAAAAAUAAAAUAAUUAACUGAUCAAGACUUUUGAUGGGUUAAAGUUAUCAGACUUAGAUCAAAAUGGAGUUAAUCAAAUCUAAAUUGAUAGAUACUAAUUUUAUUAUUUCAGGUUAAGAAUUUUAGAAAAACCCACGCCAGUUCACAUUCACUUAUAACUGCCAGAAUCAUUAUCAUUCUUACUAUUUAAAUUGAUGCUCUCGGUUAAAAUUGAAUUUCCAACUAAAUUCAAUGCGGAUUAAUUCGUUUAAAGUAAUUAUGCAAAAGUCUAUUCAAGUAAUCCUCAAGCACAUUACUUUAAAGAAGAAUUUCUAUAUCUAACAUUCUAUUCUCAUGUUGAUUUUAUUUUAAAAAUUACUGUACAUUUUGGAUAAUUUAACACUGAAAAAACACCAUCAAGAGGAAAGGAAUCCAGAUCGCCCAAAUUAAUGAUGGUUCAUUCUGAUGAAGCAAGAGCCACUAAAGGGUUUUCCCAUAUCAAAUCACAUAUCUAUUAAUCAUCAAUUGAAAGAGAAGCAGAAUCUAGUAGAGUUUAAACUGAAAAUUCUGAAAGAAGGAAAUUUAUUAAAAUACAUCAACCUGUGUAAUCUAAAUUGAGCACUCUACUAACAAAGAUAGGCAAAGAAUUUUAAGGUCUUACAAAAGAGGAGAGAAUAAAGAAGAUUGAAGAACUGCAAAUAUAAAAAAGAAGGGAAUUAGAAGAGGAUUAUCAACAGAAAUAAAAAACAUUUAUCUAUGAAUUAGAAAAGAGAAAAGUAUAAAUAGAACAACAUUCUAAAAUUAAGAAACAAAAAAUUGAAUUAGUAUAGCAAAAUAAAAAAAAUAAUUAUAGUGAACGAUAGUAAUCUAGAAGAGAUAGAUUGUUACUAUAAGAGUAAAUAUCUCAAUUUAGAGAGAUAGAGCGUUCCUUUAGUAUUCGAAAGGCUUAUGCAUAUAAAGUAUCAUUAAGUUGGGGUAGUAUAAUAAAAUAUAUCCUUUUUAUUGAUUCAUUAUUUAAUACUAUUAAAGAUAAUAAGAAAAAGUCCAAGGUUUAAGCAAGAGGCAAAUUAUUGGUUUGGACUAUUAAAACUAAAGCAUUAAUUUCAGCAAAAGAAUAUGGUUAUACCACUAAGGAAAGAACAAUUACAAAAAGUUGUAUUGCUUUAAAAAUGAUCGCUAUCAAUUUAAAACACAGCAUUAAAAAAAAGUCUGAAGCAAUUUUGGCUAAAUAUUUUACUUAAAUGAGAUUGGCAGUUACUAUAGUACAUUAACAUGAUAAAACAUUAAAAAAAAUAAUUUAGAUCCAAUAGAAUUUUAGAACUUUGAAAUAAAAGAAAUUAACUUAUAGAGAUAAAUUCUUGAAACUCAUUAAAGACAAUAUUAAUUAAACCAUUGAUGAGCUCUAAAGAUAAUAUGGGAAAAAAACAUUUUAUGAUAAUAAUGAUAAACCUGUAUAGCAAAUGGAUACCAUUUGUGCAAAUUAAUUGAUUGAUGAAUAUUCGAAGUAAAAAAAAUAGAUUUGGUAUGAAUACAUAAAUAAUAAAUUCUUUGAAAAGGAUUUCCAUAAGAAAAUGAAAGAUUUUGCUAUCAACUUGAAAGAACCUUAAUUAUAUGAACUUCCUAAAAGAAAAGAGUUGAUUUAAAUAAUUGAAAAAUACGGUAAAAUUAAAAAAUUACUCUGA